UUCAUUGCUGUAGCUAUGGUAAAUCGAGUUUUCUGCCUGUGCUGAAUGCAUUAGUCUAAUGAGAUGUUUGCAGCCGGAGAGCAGGGCUGCUGGAGACUAACUGUGAGCUACUAACACACGGGUGGAAGAUUAGCUUUUGCAAUACUCGGUUUGCGUGUACCGAAAGUCUUCUGUCUUCUGAGUCAACAUUCCUGGCCUGGUAAAGACCCUGAUCAGGGCUCUGGUGAACAAGCCGUAGGAUUCUUUGUGACCCGCGGCUCCUUCUGCGCUUUGACCAUUGCUGAGACUGCUGUUCUUCCUGGCUCCUACCGGAAGGAUGCCAGGCUUGUCCUCGACCAGGCAUGCCUGCCAGCUGCAGCACCUCUUCUGCCUGUGAGCGAUUUGUUACUUCCUUCUGUAAGACUGGCACCAGCAGAAAUGCAGUCUCAGAGGAUCCCCGGGAGAAAGCGAGGCCGACCCCCACUUCACUCAACACCUAUGAAGAUGGCAGUUCAUAACCUUUAUUCUGCUUCAGCUGGUUCUUUACCAGCGGUGAAGAUCCCAAAGAAAAGAGGGCGGAAACCCGGGUACAAGCUCAAGUCUCGGGUUCUCAUGACUCCUUUAGCCCUCUCACCUCCGCGGAGUACACCGGAGCCUGACCUCAGUUCCAUCCCUCUGGACGCAGCCACCAUACCCAGCUUGGCAGCCCCACAGGCUCUCACAGUCUGCCUCUACAUCAACAAGCAAGCUGACGCAGGGCCCUACCUGGAGAGGAGGAAAGUGCAGCAGCUCCCUGAGCACUUCGGGCCCGAACGGCCGUCGGCGGUCCUGCAGCAGGCAGUGCAAGCGUGCAUCGACUGUGCCCACCAGCAGAAGCUGGUCUUCUCUCUGGUCAAGCAGGGCUACGGUGGCGAGAUGGUGUCAGUCUCAGCAUCCUUUGAUGGGAAACAGCACCUGCGGAGUCUCCCUGUAGUUAACAGCGUGGGGUAUGUCCUCCGCUUCCUCGCCAAGCUGUGCCGAAGCCUCCUGUGUGAUGACCUCUUCAGCCACCAGCCCUUCCCCAGGGGCUCCAGUACCUCCGAAGAAGCCCAGGAGAGCCAGGAAGGCAGGAUGGAGUCAGCAAAAACAGUCACCCCUGAGGAGUGUCUGGUGAACCCUGUGGGCAUGAAUCGCUACAGCGUGGACCCCUCCGCCUCCGCCUUUAGCCACAGGGGCUCCUUGCCUCCCACCUCCUCGCUGUAUUGCAAGAGGCAGAACUCUGGAGACGGCCACCUUGGCGGAGGCCCGGCCAGCACCGCUGGUGGUCCCCGCACCAGCCCCAUGUCCUCUGGAGGCCCUUCGGCACCUGGGCUGAGGCCCCCAGGCUCCAGCCCCAAGAGAAACGGGACCUCUCUUGAAGGAAACAGAUGUGCCUCAAGCCCUUCUCCAGAUGGGCAGGACUCCAGGCGGCCAAGGAGCAGGAACCCCUCCACCUGGACCGUAGAGGAUGUGGUCUGGUUCGUGAAAGACGCCGACCCGCAGGCUCUGGGGCCUCAUGUGGAGCUCUUCAGGAAGCAUGAGAUUGAUGGCAAUGCUCUCUUGUUGCUGAAGAGUGACAUGAUCAUGAAAUACUUGGGCCUGAAACUGGGACCUGCACUGAAACUCUGCUACCAUAUUGACAAACUGAAGCAGGCCAAGUUCUGAAGGUUUUUAAAAGACAGAAGCAAAAUCCAGACAGUAGAUCUCAAGAUCAUCUUCUGCCUUACCAACAACCAGCCACCAUCACAAAAUAGAUUCUCUUCGUAAAAACAACAGCCACAAAGACUUGGUCUUUUUAUAAAACUCGUGCAUCUUUGCCUUUUAAAAAAAACUUCAACAUGGCCCCCUGUGAAUGGCUCCUUUGUGUUAAUGAUUUGCAAAAAAAUAACAACAACAAAAAAGCCUAUUAUUUUAAACAUUCCUAAUAGGUUGGUUGCCCUUAGAGUGGGUCCUAUUCUUACAAUGAGAGAGUGGGGAGCUGAAUGCUAUCACCCAGGAAGAAGCCUGGAGUGUUCCAUGGAUGUGAGAAGAAGGACCUUCGUCUCUGCAGGUCUUGUGGGGAUGCCCACCGUAGCACCACCUGUCUUUGACGCUGACCCGGGGACCUAUCAUUGUGAGCCUUGCUUGAUUCAGCUCUGGAAGCUGUCUUUUGAGGACAAAUGCCUCCUCACCUUGCACUAUCUGGAAAACUUGAAUUCUUUUGCUCUCUGAAAGAGAAGAAAAACUGUGUUGCCCCACUAGAGGGCAGACUGCUAAUGAAAUUUCAGGACCCUCACUGCAGUAGCCUGAUGAUUCCGUACUCAGUGGAUGGGUUAGGAUUUCUGUGAACAAGAUCUAGCCUUCACAGAUAUAGGGAAUUUAUUCCACAGUCAACACCAUAGGUUGCAACUUGGGAAGACCUAAUUACCUCCCAAAGGUAAAUGGGAAGAAACCGUCUUCUUGAAGUUCUAGUUCAUAUCCGAUCAUUAUUACUGACUGAGAUACACAAGCAGCAAAAGCAAGAAUUUGAAAAUACGUUCUUCCCAGAUGGGGCUUUGGAGUUCCUUCCCUUCCAGAAUCCUUGCUGAGGUGUCAAUGUGUUGGCACGCUGAAGAGUUUUAGUGACAUUUAGCCAUGGGUGUUUCUUUGACAAAGAAGAAUGUGUCUCAGCGAAGCUUUGAAAUGGGAGUGUUGAUUUCUAGUGACAUUGCUGGGUUAUGUAGUUGUAUCUGUGGCUAAUUUUUCUAGUCUCAAAUACACAGACAUGCUAUUAUUGGGUUUAAUUUAAUUUACAUAUAAAAAUAGGUUUUCCUUUCUCACCGUGGAGUAAUAGAAAAAAAAUUGAUUUUCUACCCCUUUGCAGCUGUGUCCAGGGAAGGAUGAUGCAUCCACAGUUUACUAGGCAGAAGGGCAACCUCGUCUCCAUUCUUCUUUUAUUCCUCUACUUUCUCUCUUUUUUUCUUCCUCCCUCACUGAACAGAAAAUGUAUCCUCAAAAUGAAUUCACCUUUACCAUGGGCAUAUCCUCUUCCUUCAAAAAACAUCCAUAAUGUUGGAGGUGAGGAAAUGAAUACUGGACUUUGGGAUGUCUGGGAGGGUAGGGAUCAAAAAAAGAAUCUCAGGACCUCCCUUGACCCAAAUACAAGUUAGAAAAGGCACACAUACCUCGGGGAUGCAGCCUGAGCAGGGGUCUUGGCUGGAGAGUGGAGCAGGGUGGGGUUUCAGCCCCCACACCCCUCAACCAGGUGCUUUUGUGCAGGAAAUGACUGUACAAACUUGAGGGAAGCCCUGGGUAGAUUUGCAUAUCGAUCCUCUAUACAGCAGUCAGAACUUAAAUGAAGAUCAUAAGAAAUAUUCCAUGCCAUGCUGUCAGACCCACUUUGAUGAGUGGUAUUUGAGAAAGCACAUCAUAGCAAAAUCGUUUUUAGACACACAAAUGGUGGCUGGACUUAAAGUGUGACAGAGAAGGGAAGGAGGAGAACUUUCUAAACCUGCUCACUGAAUUGAGCUUGAAUUACCAGGUCGUGGGAGAGCUUGCUGUCUGUUGGUUUCGGCACCUGACAAAACUACCCUGAGUCAGGCCUUGAGACCGAAUCUUCAAGAUUUUGAAGUGAUAAAUUGUCCUUCAAAGUUUGUUAACCGUAAAUACUCACUACUGGUCUGGAGUCAGGUACUGUCCCACAAAAAGCCACAGAUAGUUUUGGUAUUCAGAACUGCCAAUGUGAAAACAGUGAGACCCAGAAACCCCACACCCAUGGUUUUCAGCCAGUGUUCCUGCUUAACCCUCAAACUUGUGGUGUCUCUUCCAUCAACAUAUGCCUCAUUUAGAGACUUUCAAAAUGUCCCAACCACCCUCGCUAGCGCCUCCUUCACUACAAAACCUUGAACAUUGGUGUUCCCAAAUUAAAAUCAUCCCAAGCGAUGUCAAAGAGAUGCUUUGAGUAGUUUUCAGAGGAGAGAUAUGCCCAUCUCAAGUCUAGGAGAAACCUGGAUCUGUGUUCACGUGUAACUGCUCCCACAGAUGUGAUACCUCAUUUUGCAUUCAGCUUGAAGCAGGACAGAUUGUUGAAGCUAUGAUAUUUAAGGUUUGACUUUUUUUUUUAAAAAAAAAAUCUCAUUACUUUUAAAACAAACGAUGCUGUACCAGAGAAUAACCUGGGGAAGAAAUUCUUCCUUGCCUGUUUUUGCACUGGAAUGCAAUUAGCCAACCAAAUUAUUGUAGCAAUACUGCAAUUAUAAUUAAUUUUCACCCCUUUCAAAAAUCUUGUCAAAUCAGGCAGCUAAAUAGCUUAGCAAAUGUAAAACGUGUCAGGCCAUUUCCUCUAAACAGACUUGAAAGAGUCAGGCCAUGUGUGUCACUCUCCUCAGAAUGUGAGCUUACACUUCUAUAGAUAUGGUACUUGUUAUUCCAUUGCAGUGGCUUUGCUGCAGGUUGUGGUGAAUAACGCUGUCGCUUUGCAUAAUUCCAAAUUAGAGAGAGAGAGAGAGAAAGAGAGAGAGAGAAUUCAUGUUCCAAACAUUUUCAAUUACCCUGAUCUGUUAAACUUUUUUAAGACUCCAGAGGCAAUUCCAUUGCCUAAGGUAUUUUAAAUAUUUUAUAAAGCCCAUUUUCCUUUUGUGAAGACCUCAGGUAAAAGAUGUGUGUGUGUGUGUGUGUGUGUGUGUGUGUGUGUGUUUGUGUGUGUGUGUGUGUUUCCUGACACUGUGGUUGGAAGAGCCUUAGGAAGUGGCUGGGAGUGUGUCAGCUGUUACAUGUGCUUGGUUUACUAGGCCUCCCCAGCUUUGUAACAGAGGCAGAACCUGCUCGAGGCUGUUACUACUUGGUAGCCCCUCUAAUGCCAGCAGGGUACACCCUGGAGCAGCUGGGGGACGGCUCUGGGGUUCUGAGUCUGCCACACUCAGGCGAUGACUGGACGUGCCAAGCAGAGGCACCAUCUGAGGAGAGAGGCCAAGCCAGGGAGCCCAGAGGGACAGCAGCAGCCAUCUCGAGCACCUUGGUUAGUGCCCGCCAGAGGGUACCUGGGGCUCCCAUCAUUUCCCUUCAGCAGGGCUGCCGACGUUUUUUCCUGUCAGUAGGAAAAAGGAGUGAAGAGCUCCCCAGAACCAAAUAUAUUAAAAUGCAUUGGGAAGGAACACUGAGCUAAGGUUGGUUUGCUUGAGAAGGAAACCAGUAAGGGAAGGAAGACAAACUAUAAAUUUCUUAUGAAAACAAUAAAAGAGUGCCUCUUCUAACAGUCCCAACCCUUUAAGCUGCAAUAACCUAUUUUUGUAUGUAUGUCCUGUAUGGAAUAUUUCUUACUUUUUAGAAAUUAAAACUAUUUUUUAAAUUAUUUCUUGAGACUGUUAUAGGAGAAUUUUGUCAUUAUCUCUGAAGAUAGUUGGAAAUGCCCAAAGGUGACUAAGGACUCGACUUUAGUCCUUGCCAAAAGGUCUUGAAAGAUGGAAAUAGUCUGCUUUUUUUCUAAAGAAGUAGCCAGGCUUUCAUAUGUGUGAGCAGAUGAGCGCUGCCUGAUGUCUGCUCUGAUGGAACACUUCUUCAACUCUUCGCCAGUGGGGUGAGACAAUGAGAUUUGGCUCACUUUUUUUUUUUUUUUUUUUUUUAAAUCUCAGAUAACAAGACAUGGGAUUGUGAAGGAGUAGAUAAUUUUUUUUAAAACUGCAAUCUUUUGUUAAGGAGAAGGGUGAAACAUCUGUCUGUGGGUGUGGUUUAUUUUUUGUCAUAAACAAACUCCAAGAACUGAGGAGAGUUGCCCAGCUCUGCCGUUGUCUUGCCAUGUGUCCUGUUCCUUGUGGCAUGAGAAGACCAUGCUGAGAACCCCAGAGGGGACUCCAGCAGAUGGUCAGAUGUAGAGAGGUACAAACAUUACUGUUUCCGUCUUUUGAUGUCACGCCAACAACAACACCUCGCGACACUCACACGUGGUGCCACCUGAGCUUCCGGCCCGACUCCCGGCUGUUCCACUAGGCGAGAGCACUGUGAGCCUCGGCUUGCGAGGUGUCCCUCCCUCCGAUACUUAUCCUAAUCGAAGAGGAUUCCUUCACAGAAAAUUGGAAGCUGGAUUUUUGAAAAUCUAGCAUUUACUUGAAAGAGACUCGCUCUUAUUUAUUGCCACCAGUUAAAUAUUACAGAAACAUGUCUGCUAACAAUUUGCUUUGUGUAAUUUGUUCUAAUGCUAAUAGGCAGCAGCUGGGACACUUCCUGUGGUAAAUUCCUUUGUGGUUACAGUGGUCUGAUCACACAUGGACUUCACCAAAAUGUUGUACUUGAGGAGAAAGCUCAGGUCGGCUCUCCCAGGCUUCAGAAAAUUCCCCUGACUGAGAAGCAGUUCCGGGCAAAAGCACAUUUUUAGAGGAGAAUUUGCUUUUCUUCACUCUUUGCUUUUCCAAGCAGGGCCCCAGACCUGUGCUCUUAAAAUCCUACAGAAAGAGCCUGG